CUUUUUCCCAGCUUGGAACCAGACUGGAUUUUUCUUCCAACAAUUUACAUACCUGAUGCUAACCUGACCAACGGACCAGGCUUGGAUUUUUGCCUUUCCUAAUUUAGGUUAACUGAGAUUUAUGGUGAUUGUGACUGGAGUGUGUAAACCGGAGAGUCCUGUUUUCCCUUUCUAUAUCAAAGUCUUUGUGUGCCCUCAAGGCUCAAUCCCAGGAGGAUGUGAAAAAUGACUGACCAUCCUCAGAUGCCUUCAGAUCCUUCUACAGCAAAUAUUUCUUCCCCUCCCUGGGAAGAAACAUGCCAUCCUUCCCAAAGGUUAAGCCAUUGCUCAGCUGCUGAGCCUGGAAAGGACAUUGUGUGGGAAGAUACAUGUGGAAAUGAGCUGAUCUUUGCCUUAGAUGAUGAGGAAGCUCCAGCUCCAAACUCAGCUAACAGUUUUUUCUUUGAGGAAGAUGACUGCAAAGAGCCUACCUUAUGUGGAUCAUCCUCUCCUCUGUUUCUUCUUGAAUCAGAUUUCUCACCUGCACUCCCCAUUUCUCAAUUCCUGUCUCCAACUCACUCAGCAUCUCAGAGAUCAACUGGCUUAGAAAACUCACACAGCCCCAAACCCUUAAUCAAUUUGGUGAAAUCCUUCUCAACUGAAAUUGAGCCCCAGGAAGGCCCAUCUCUCAAACACCAGCCUUUGUUGAGCUUGGUCAAAUCCAUUUCCACUGAAAUUUCUCGCUUGGAGCCCGAGGUGACGCUGUCCAAAUCAGACUCUAAGCUCAAUGUUCCCUGGCGACAAAUCACCCAGCCCAGGAACAAAAAUGGUGAUUCCAGGACUGCUCCAUCAUCUCCCAACCAUUCUCCUUCAGAGAACAAGGGCAACUUCUUCAAGGCUCAGGAAGCCAAGUUUGAGGAUACCAAAAGGAGGUUUUCAGAAGCCAUGCAGGAGCCACUCAACAGGCUCAGCAAAAUAAUUGGGGAUGAGAAUAAUGUGUCCCCCAAGCUCCUCUUACCCCUCUCUGGGCACCAGCAAGGUUCUGAUUUCCUUUCUCAUCAUUUCAAGAGGUCUCCUAUCUUGGAGAGCAAUUUGGAACACCCCCUCCAUGAGACAGAUUGGACUGAGACCAUUUCAUCAGGGAGAGGGGAAAUGGAAGAUCGGGACUCCUCUCCACAUUGCCCCUAUGGGGAGGUCUUCCAGGAAGUUGAGACAGCUGAGAAAAACAGCAAGGCCACGGGCGAAAUGCAGACUCUCUCACCGCUUGGGGCAGUCCAGCCCCCCAAGUGCUGCAGCCCAGUGCCAUGCAAAAUUCUCACCUGGAUUGCCAUCUUGGCCUACAAUUACCUGGUCCUCCCAUUGCCUCCCUAUAUCUCCGGCCUCUGCCUUGGCUUGGCCUGUGGGUUCCUUCUUGGUCUCCUGGUUAUUUUGCUGCUGGUGCCAAAGCGUGCCCUGUCCCACAGGAAAGGCCCCCUCCUCAGGGCAUUCUGUCCUUGCAACGGUGAACAGCAGCAGCAGCAGCAGCAAAUGGCAGCGGCAAACAGCUGCGAUAGCGGUGAUAAGUGGUGGCAGCAAACGGCAGCAGCAGCAAAUGGCAGUGGCAACAGCGGGAUAGGCAACGAAUGGCGAUGGCAGCAAGGUUGGAUGAACGAAAUGCAUUUAGACCCUGAGAUUUAUCAUCCUUCUCUGACCCAUUCCGUAUUUGUGACCUUAGAAAAUUCCAACCUGACAUUAUCUUAUCCCCAAAGCAGCAUCCCUCGGCGAGCCAUCUUUGGGGAAGAGAACUUUGAGUUGGCUUUUGUGACCCACCGACGUUAUGAUACAAGUGGAGCCAAGGUCUUCCUCUUCCCACCUGGGCUGGCUCGCAAAAGGAUGUGGAACAAAAAUCCCAUAUGCAUUCUUUUCCCAGAAGAAGUGGAUCUGAAGACCAAAGCUCUAGCAACAAAAGACCAGGAUGUAGACUCUCCAGGAGAGGAGAACCCAAAGAAGAAAGAAGUAUCAGGGCACUGCCCAGCUGAGGCCCAAGAAAGGACACUUUAUCUCUUUGGUAGAACUGGUAGAGAUAAGGAAGAGUGGUAUCAAUAUCUCACAAAGGCCUGCCAAGCUGAAUACCAUGAGCUACACCACACCAGCCAAGGUAUAAUCCAGCCCAUUCCUGCAGGAAAGGAGAUCCAUAAUCACAGCAGCAGCAGCAGCAGCACAGAAGAUCUGCUCCCUGCUCCUAAGACCAAGGAGCUGAGCAUCAGCGACCAAGAAAAACUGUUAUUGGAUUACAAUGUGUACAUGUCCCAAAUCAUUCCAGCAGUUACUGACUCCGACCCAAAGUCCUGCUCCAAUAGAGCAGACAGCCCUGGUUCCAAAAAGUUCCCUGGGGAUGAAAAUCUGACCUCCAACCCCCCUAUAGUUUGGGUCAACGCAAUGCUUGGCCGAAUGUUUUGGGACUUCCUAAGGGAAAAAUAUUGGGCAGAUCAAGUUUCAGAUAAAAUUCAGAAGAAACUGGGCAGAAUCAAGUUGCCAUAUUUCAUGAAUGAGCUCACUCUGACUGAUCUGGAGAUGGGGACCUCCAUCCCACACAUACUUGGCACUUCUAGCCCCACAGUGGAUAACCGAGGCCUUUGGGUGGAUAUGGAAGUGACUUAUCAAGGAACCCUGAAGAUGACCCUGGAGACCAAGAUGAACUUGUAUAAACUAGGCAAAGAAGACAUGGAGGAGGAAAACAGAAAAGCAGAUAAGGACAGAAAAGGCAUGAAAACCCGUGUAGACCUGUUGGCUGAGAGUGAUUGCAGUCCUCCAGUUGCCGGUUCUUCUGAGGAGGAAGACAUGCCCAUUGUGGACUCUCGGGGAUCCCCGGAGAAAGGAAAAUCCAUCCUCGGAGUUGAAGGUGGUGGCAGCACCAGUCGGAAGAUUUUGCGUUUUGUGGACAAGAUUGCCAAGUCCAAAUAUUUCCAGAAGGCCACUGAAAAUGAAUACAUUAAGAAGAAGAUGGAAGAGGUUUCCAACACUCCACUGCUUUUGACUGUGGAGGUCCAAGAUCUGACAGGCACAUUGGCUGUGAACAUCCCUCCACCUCCAACAGAUCGAAUCUGGUACAGCUUCCGGAUCCCUCCGCAGUUGGAUAUGAAGGUACGGCCACAGCUAGGAGAACGGGAGGUGACCUUCCCCCACAUCACUGAGUGGAUUGAGAAGAAGCUCCAGCAUGAAUUCCAGAAAAUUUUGGUGAUGCCAAAUAUGGAUGAUAUCAUCUUACCUCUGAUGCAUUCUGCUUUGGAAUCCCAGCCUCUCAUAGAAGGACCACAGGAAGAACUUCUAGCUGAGGAUGUCAAAAACAUGUGAGGUGCUGUCCUCUGGUGGUUGACCUGCUCUAGUCUCUUGAGGGAGCUAACCAGAUACCUGGUCAUAAGGGAACCUGUGCUUGAGAAUAAAGGUUCUCCUCCACGUCUCCUUGCUGGCCUCUCUUCUCUCUGGAACUGUUUUCAGAUGAAGGAGAUUUGUCUGGAUAUGGCUUGUUGAAGAAGAAGAUGCACCAGGUAGGUGACAAGCACAAAAUGUGUGGCCGAGAAAGAAAAGGCAGCAGAGAUGACAAGACCCCUGGCUACUUGGAAUUCUCUCCACGUUGCAUCUCUGCAAAUAACUUUAGUUUUAAGUAUCUAUUAAAUGGCAGAACCAUCAAUAACAUUGAACAGGAUCUUUGUGAAGGAAGAAAUAAGAGUGAAUGACCCCUUUAGCUAGUGCAAAAGGGAUAUUGGCGGUGGGGGGUGAGGGAGAUAGAAGCCAAUUGGAGUUGGGGACUCCAAGACUCAAAACUGCUCAGCAAUUUCCAUUUCAGACUUGAAGAAGGAAAGAUGCUUGACUAACAGUUUUGGAAAAAAAGGAACAAGUGAUGUUUCCUACCACACAAUCUGGACUAUUCACAGCCUCUCCAUUUCUUGGCUAUUGACAACCUGAAAGCUGGGUACUGAAGCUUUGGUUCUCAACUUACUCUGACCCCAGUAUAGGCUGAAGACUAAGAAUACGGGGCAGGGGAACCACCCACAUUCCUCAGUCUUGAUCCAAAGGUCUCAAAAGAAACAUGACCUAGUCUGAGUUUUAAAAUGUGCUUCAGUUCAGAAACUCUUGGGACCAGGAAGAAGGUGAACACUGACAGGGAACCUCUUAUCUGAGCAUUAACUCAAAGAACCGACUGCUGCUGCCAGGCGACCAGAGACCUUUUCUACCUGAGUGCAUGGAUUCUUAUCCCCAUCCUCCCGGGGCCCUCCCGGAUUGCCUUCCUAUCUACACCCACAGCCAACUGCAGGAGACUUGAAGCUGAUCAGGAGAGGCCCAGGGCCAUGGAGCAGCUCCGCCAGGCCUGCUGCCACGAGAUCCUCUUAUCCUCUUCACAAUGCAAUGUUUCAAGCAAGCAAUAGCAAUGCACAAGCUGACAUUAGUGAACGGGACACUAUAAGGGCUUUGCCAACCUGGGAUAAUACGUACAUCUAAUGGCUGCAAGAACAGGAGGGAAGAUGAAAGAAAAUAAAGGCUCAAAACAGUCCUUGAAGUGGGUUUUCCCCUCUUUCCUGCUGCACUUGUUCCUAACUGCCCAGAAUCACUGGGAGUUUGGCAGUGUAUACAUUUAAUAAAUUAUUGUUACUCAUGUGACAGAGAAAUUAAACAUUAAAGCAUUCUGGCAUGUAUGGAUUUGAAUUUAGUCAAUAAAUAAUGAUUAAAUAAGCCAUAGCUAAUUCACCCUAACGGUC